UCUCCAAGGAGGGGGAAGAGGAGACAGAGGAAAACUCAAAAGGUGGAAUCUGUCUCCAUCUCAUUUCAGAUCUUGACUUUUAUGAGCCUGCAAGUCAUACGCAGACACACAUACACAAAAAGAGGGGGGGGGGGGGAGAGAGGAGAGAAAAUCUUGUGAAAUGUGCGUGUGAUUAAUAAUCUAGCUUUUAAAAGACACAAAACAGCAGCUACACUGUAGACCAUCCUUCCCCAAGGCUGAGACAGAAGAGAAAAGACAUUGCCUUUCACAAGCCGUGCAACGGGGACGCAUGGCCCACACGCAGACCAGCCCGGGCCAGUACCUGCUGAACAAUGGAGACCCGUACAACGGCCACUCCUACCUGACCGGCUUCAUCUCCCUGCUGCUGCGGGCCGAGCCCUAUCCAACCUCCCGCUACGGGGCCCAGUGCCUGCAGUCCAACAUCAUGGGCAUCGAGAACAUCUGCGAGCUAGCUGCCCGCCUGCUCUUCAGCGCCAUCGAGUGGGCCAAGAACAUCCCCUUCUUCCCCGACUUCCAGCUCUCCGACCAGGUGUCCCUGCUGCGCAUGACUUGGAGCGAGCUCUUCGUGCUCAACGCCGCCCAGUGCUCCAUGCCGCUGCAUGUGGCCCCGCUGCUGGCGGCCGCCGGCCUCCACGCCUCGCCCAUGUCGGCCGACCGGGUGGUGGCCUUCAUGGACCACAUCCGGGUCUUCCAGGAGCAGGUGGAAAAGCUCAAGGCCCUGCACGUCGACUCGGCGGAGUACUCCUGCCUCAAGGCCAUCGCUCUGUUCACGCCAGACGCAGUAGGCCUCUCGGAUCUGGGCCCCGUGGAGAGCAUCCAGGAGAAGUCGCAGUGUGCCCUGGAGGAGUACGUCCGGAACCAGUACCCCAACCAGCCCAGCCGCUUCGGCCGGCUGCUGCUCCGCAUGCCCUCCCUGCGCAUCGUCUCCGCGCCUGUCAUCGAGCAGCUGUUCUUCGUCCGCCUGGUGGGCAAGACGCCCAUCGAGACCUUAAUCCGGGACAUGCUGCUGUCGGGAUCUAGCUUCAACUGGCCCUACAUCCCCAUGCAGUGAGGAGGGCGGCAGGAGGAGCUGGGGGUUCUGGGGCAGCGGAGACGUGCCCCUGGAUUCUGUCCGGAGCAGGAAGGAUCGCCGUGACCCCUCCCUGCUUUGGAGGAAUGGGCAGGACUCACCGCCGGCACGUUGGAGGGCGGGGGUUGACAGUCCCAUGGCGCUGGGGCGUGGGGUGUGAGGCCCAGCGUCUGGACUCCGGAGAACAAAGGGGAGUGGAACUGAUUCUUGAAGGGAUCGAUUCUCAAAAGGCCCUUCCUGUUCCCUUCCCAAUGGGGCAGGAAUUCCCACUUGCCCCCCCUCCCAGCCCCGAUUUAAUCUACCAGUGUGACACAGACAUAACCACAUUUAAUCAUGCAGCUACCUGUACUCGUUUGCUUCUGUUUGACCUGUACGCACGGAAAAAUCUGGACCUUCCUCCUACCCCGGCCUGCGAGGGGACUCUGCAAACCAGGGACAAUCUGCACCCUACCCGUGGGACUUCCAAGCGCCCAACGACUUGCCGCUGCCCGGCAGCCUGCGUGUACCGAAUCCGACGGCUGGGCAGCUGAGCCCACGCGAGCCUGUCUCUGGCUUUUGACUAUAUCAGCAUUUGGUAUCCGGCAGCUGAGAACUGAGGACUCAUUACCGGAGUGGCCUUGAUCAUGCGACAAAUUGCUCUCUCCCUUUUUGGUGGGGGCAGGAGGGUUGUCAAAAAAAAAAGGGGGAGGGGGAUUAUGGCUUGGUAAGACACACACAAAGCUGAGCCUGCAAUCUCAUUGCCCGUGUGUGUGCGUGUGUGUGUGUGUGUGUGUGUGUGUGGUGGGAUGGGGAGGGGUAAAGUUUACCAAUCCCCUUGGAAUAAAAGGCCUGAGGCAUGGACUAUUUAUAAAUAAAAUAAACCUAUAUUAUAUCCUGAAUUCUUCUGUUCUCCCCUUGAACAUGAAAAUGUAUAUUCCCCCACCACCACCCCGUCUCCUUUUGUUUUUUAAUUUCCCCCUUCUCCUUUGUAAAGAUAUUUUGCUGUGGAUUGUGGAUUUCUCUUUGGAAACAAACAAAACAAAACAAAAACCCACCACUUUUUUAUUUUAUUUUAUUUUUUUUGGUGGAGCUGGCGUUAUAAUUAAAACUGAUGAUUGCUGAAUUCA